AUGCCACUCAGCGCGGCGGCGCCGGAGAUUGCGGAGGAUCCCUGUUGUGGACCGCUCGCUGUUCCCGCUGGCCACCAGCCUGUGCCGUAUAGCACACAUAAGAAGUGCAGCAAUAAAGUCGCGCCACACUUCGCACUCCCUGUGCCCGCCCAGGAUUUGGUCCUGGGAGUAGAUCUCACGGUGUCUGUAGGCCAAAGUGUCAUCCAUGGCAUGGGACCCGUUGAAGCACAGAAGACUCUAAGCAGACACACUACAGGGCCGAGCCGAGAUGCUUUCAACGUGUCCGUAGGCUCUGUGGUUCUGUUGCAUCAUCUUGACAAGGAAAUUCCCUUCAAGUCCGUGGGCUCUGUGGUUCUGUUGCAACAUCUUCACAAGGAAAUUCCCUUCAAGCUGUCCGUAGGCUCUGUGGUUCUGUUGGAACAUCUUGACAAGGAAAUUCCCUUUAAGGUGUCCGUGGGUUCUGUGGUUCUGUUGCGACAUCUUGACAAGGAAAUUCCCUUCAAGGUGUACGUGGGCUCUGUGGUUCUGUUGCAACGUCUUGACAAGGAGAUUCCCUUCAAGGUGUCCGUGGGCUCUGUGGUUCUGUUGCAACAUCUUGACAAGGAAAUUCCCUUCAAGGUGUCCGUGGGCUGUGUGGUUCUGUUGCAACAUCUUGACAAGGAAACUCCCUUCAAGGUGUCCCUGUUGCAACAUCUUGACAAGAAUAUUCCCUUCAAGGUGUUUGUGGGCUCUGUGGUUCUGUUGCAACAUCUUGACAAGGAAAUUCCCUUCAAGGUGUCCGUGGGCUCUGUGAUCUGUUGCAACAUUUUGACAAGUAGCUUCCCUUCAAGGUGUCCGUGGUCUCUGUGGUUCUGCCGCAACACCUUGACAAGGAAAUUCCCUUCAACGUGUCCGUAG